AUGGCGUGUGGCGGCGGCUGCUGCUCCAGCGCGGGUCGCCUGAACGCGGACAACGCGCGGUUCCUCCUGCUGGCGGUGCUGAUUGUGCUGUACAUGCUGUGCGGCGCCGCCGUCUUCUCGGCCAUCGAGCUGCCCACGGAGCGGGAAGCCAAGGAGCGCUGGGAGGAGAGGCUGGAGAACUUCACCCGGCGCCACAACCUCAGCCGCGCCGAGCUCCGCCACUUCCUCCGGGAGUACGAGGAGGCUAGCGUGGCCGGCAUCCGCGUCGAUGACAUCCGGCCCCGAUGGGACUUCACCGGCGCUUUCUACUUCGUGGGCACGGUCGUUUCCACUAUCGGGUUUGGCAUGACCACCCCAGCCACUGUCGGAGGCAAAAUCUUUCUAAUAUUUUAUGGCCUUAUAGGAUGUGCGGGCACCAUUUUGUUCUUCAACCUCUUCCUGGAGCGCCUGAUCACUGUCAUAGCCUACAUCAAAUCCUGCCAUGAAAGACAGCUGAGAAGGAAAGGGGUCCUCCCUCAUAACAGCCGGCGGGGCUCUGGCUCUGAGGUGGACAGCCUGGCAGGCUGGAAGCCCUCCGUGUACUACGUCAUGCUGAUUUUAUGUGUAGCAUCCCUUAUAAUUUCCUGCUGUGCCUCUGCCAUGUACACACCGAUUGAAGGGUGGAGUUACUUUGACUCACUUUACUUCUGCUUUGUGGCCUUUAGCACCAUUGGUUUUGGUGAUCUGGUGAGUAGCCAGAACACCAAGUAUGAGAGCCAAGGCCUUUACCGCUUUGGCAAUUUUGUGUUCAUACUCAUGGGGGUGUGCUGCAUCUAUUCCUUAUUUAACGUGAUCUCUAUUGUCAUCAAACAGUCCAUAAACUGGAUAUUAAAAAAGCUGGACUGCAGGUGCUGCCACAGAUGCCAAAGAAAAUUAUUUCGUUCACGGAGGAACGUGGUAAUGCCGGGAAAUGUGCGGAGCCGGAGAAACAUCUCCAUCGAGACAGAUGGUGUCAACGAGAGCGACACAGACGGACGCCGGCUCUCAGGGGAGAUGAUCUCCAUGAAAGACUUCCUGGCCUCCAAUAAAGUCUCUCUGGCCAUCAUGCAGAAACAGCUGUCGGAAACUGCUAAUGGCUAUCCAAGGCAAAUGAGCUCUAAUUCGAAGCAGAAUGGAUUCUCUGGUGGGGUUGGAGCCCUGGCAAUUAUGAAUAACAGACUGGCAGAGACAAGUGUGGAUAGGUAAAAUAGCAACAGUAGUAACAGUAAGAGAGGGUGAAACAUUUCAACCAGUACAGAAACAAUGUGAAUCAAGUGGCAGGAGCUAGAGAGGGAGUGAUGCCAGAGGGUGGGGUGGAUGUGAACAACAUACCUCCUGGGAGAAGACCUCUGACAUUCUGCUGGGGCUGUCACUUGGUGUCUUUGCUCUUUGAAUGGCAUCAGUCGCAGCCUUCCUUCUUCCCCUUCCUUAUGUUCCUUAAACAGGUCACUGCAGGAUAAAUUUAAUUCAGAUCAAUCUUCCAUGUCCUCUUCUCCUUCACUUAUGUGAAAUACAGACUUCAGGAUUAGAAAUCCAUGGAAUGGGAAGAAAUGAAGUGCAUCUACUGAACACAUUCAAAAUUCAAAGAUUGUUCUGAGAUUUCUGUCUUUUGUCAUAACUGUUUUCUGAAAGUAGCUUGUUUGAGAUCAAAAGAGGAAUCAGCCUUUAUCUGUGAUAUUGCAGAUCUAUUUUAAUGGAAUAAAAAGCCCAAACUAUUUUCUUUUAUAUAUCUCUUCUUAAAAUGUACUCCUAUUGUG